AUGGCUUCUGCUAAAGUUGAUACCGAAAUGCGGUCGAAAAUCGACACCGUAUGUACCACAGCGGAAGCAUUCGUAAAGCUGUACUACGAUCAUGUGGAUAAGAAGCGUCAGCAUAUGGGCCCACUAUACAUGGACACGGGGCUGCUCGUGUGGAAUGGGAAUGGUGCGAAGGGCAAGGAAGAAAUACAGAAAUACUUCCAUGAUCUGCCACGCUCGGAGCACACAGUCAUAUCGAUCGAUGCACAGCCCAUCGUAGACGAUGCCGUAUCCUCCCAGCUAACCUUCGUCAUGCAAGUGGCCGGCAUGGUCAAGUUUCACGAACACCCAGCGAAACCAUUCCAGCAAACGUUCAUGAUCACGGCCCAGGGAGACAAGUGGAAAAUCGUUUCGGACUGUUUCCGCCUACAGGAUGGCAUUUUGUAG